CGGCUGGAGGCGCCUCAGAGGAGCGCAGCAUCUGAGCGGGACAGGCGGCGUGUCCAGUCCGGAGGAUCCCCCCACGAAAAGCUUGGGACCCUUAUGGCUGCUUGAAAGCCCCCCACCCCUCCCCGCCAUCAACACAAUUCCUCCCCCGUUCCCCAUCUUUUUUUUCUUUCUUCCUUCUCUUUUUUUGCGAUCACAAGCGGCCGCGGGUCCGACUUGAGUUGAGCUGCGAAGCGCCGUGGUGCACUCAAGGCAGGCGGCCAUGGAUACCCCCAUCAGAUGGAAAGUUAAACGGAGGUUAAGGGACCCUCUGGUCUCCCUGCUUGUCAUUUUGCUUUUCGUCACAUCGCCAGCGAGUUCAGCGGAACCAGCCAACCUCUUGACGAUUUUAGAUUUUCCAAGUUUACCCGAAGGCGUCACAAAAUCAACGGGCUUCUGCUCAAAUCGGCGGUCGGCGCAAGGACCCGAUGUGGCCUACCGAGUAUCCAAAGAGGCGCAGCUAAGCGCCCCCACCAAACAGCUGUAUCCAGGUGAUGUGUUCCCUGAGGACUUUUCCAUCUUGGCCACAGUGAAGCCCAAAAAGGGCAGCCAGUCAUUCCUGUUGUCCGUGUACAACGAACAGGGAAUUCAGCAAGUCGGACUGGAAAUGGGGCGCUCGCCCGUCUUCCUCUACGAGGACCACACGGGAAAGCCCGGACCGGAGGACUACCCGCUUUUCCGGGGGAUCAACCUGGCCGACGGAAAGUGGCAUCGAGUGGCCAUCAGUGUGCACAAGCAGAGCAUCACCCUCAUUCUGGACUGUAAAAAGAAGACCACCCAGAAGCUGCUCCGAUCCGCCAACCCCAUCAUCGACACCAAAGGGAUUAUCGUGUUCGGAACCAGAAUACUUGAUGAAGAAGUCUUUGAGGGAGACAUCCAGCAGCUAAUGAUCGUAGCAGACCACCGCGCCGCCUAUGACUACUGCGAGCACUACAGUCCCGACUGCGAGGUGGCCGUCCCCGACCAGCCGCAGAACCAGGACCCCAACACCGACGACUACAACACAGAAGAGGACAGCUACUAUUACGAGUACCCCUACUACGAGGACGUGGACGGAAAGACCGUCGAGUCGACAUCUGAUGAUGAGGAGACAACCAAGGAUGUCAAGGUGACCGGUGCAGGCGGCCUGGCGUCCAAAGUGGAGGAAGUCGUGAGAGCCACCGGCACGGGUGGAAAAGCGGUCAUCUCUCCAUCUUCCGGCUCGUCCUCCAGCACGGGCUCGUCGUCCAGCAGCUCUUCUGCGAGCGCCACGGAUGACGCCGGCGCGUACGACGGUUACGACAACUACGGGACUUAUGAGAGCUACGACGACGAGGCGACGAAAGCACCUGGGGGCGCCGGCUCUCGGCGCGUCACCGUCACCGGUGAGCAAGUCAAGGUGGUUGGCGGAAAGGAUGACCUGAUCAUAGGAAGUGCCGUGGGAGGCAAGGUUAUCAGUGGCGGUGGCGGAUCCUCAAUCACCAUCAAUAAAACCACACUCGGAACCUCCUUCGGAGACUACAGUGAUUAUGGCGAUGGGGAUUAUGGUGUGGACAGCCACGUGACCACUGGUGGAGGCAGCAGCAGCCGUACAGAUCACAUUGGCGGUGGCGGUGGCAGCAGCAGCACCAUCCAUCUUGGUGGUGGCGGUAGCAGCAGCAGCGGCACCAUCCAUCUUGGCGGUGGCGGAAGUAGCAGCAGCAGCAGCACCAUCAAUCUUGGCGGUGGCAGCAGCACCGUCGACCUCGGCCUUGGCGGCGGCACCAUCGACCUUGGCCUUGGCGGCGGCACCAUCGACCUCGGCGGCGGCGGCAGCAGCAGUACCAUUGACCUCGGUGGAGGUAGCAGCACCAUUGACCUCGGUGGAGGUAGCAGCACCAUUAGGCUGGGCGGCGGAAGCAGCAGCGGUGGGACCACCUCACUGGGCGGCGGAGGCAGCAGCAGCAGCAGUAGCAUCGACCUCGGUCUCGGUGGAGGUAGCAGCAGUGGCACCAUCAGCAUGGGCGGCGGUGGCGGAGGAAGCAGCAGUAGCGCCGUCAUCCGAGGAGGAGGCGGAAGUAGCUCCACCGUCAACCUCGGCGGCGGUUCCGUUUCGGUCGGAGGUGGUUCCGUGUCAGCGGGAGGCUCUUCCACAGUCGGCGGUGGGUCGGCCAGUGCCGGAACCGGAGCCGGUGGUUCCAUCGCCACCGGAACGGGCCUGGGCAUUGAAGGCGAAGGGGACUACACUGACUUGGAUACCUUCAAAGAGGAGCACAUCAACAACUACGAUGAUUUGGAUCUCAAUAUUUACGAUAACUACGAUGAGUUGGAUUACCAGGACAAAGGCUCCAAAGUGCUUCCCGCCGAGACCAACGAGUAUUACGGACAGGUCGAUGGCGUCCGUGGCGAGAAGGGACAGAAGGGAGAACCCGCUAUCAUCGAGCCAGGAAUGCUGAUGGAGGGUCCGCCUGGGCCUGAGGGUCCAGCGGGUCUUCCCGGACCGCCAGGUGCCACUGGCUCACCGGGCAUUGCUGGAGACACCGGCGAAAGGGGUCUUCCAGGUCGUCCCGGUCUUCCUGGUGCUGAUGGUCUACCUGGACCCGCUGGCACAGUCCUGAUGCUGCCUUUCCGAUUCAGCGCCGGAGGGGACUCGGGUCAGAAGGGACCGGCCAUGUCUGCUCAGGAGGCCCAGAUGCAGGCAAUCAUGCAGCAGGCUCGGCUGGCGAUGCGUGGAUCCACCGGUCCCAUGGGUUUGACCGGCAGGACCGGCCCACUGGGUCCUCCUGGUAUUACGGGAGUGAAGGGAGAGUCCGGAGAGGCCGGUCCUCAGGGUCCACGUGGACCUUUGGGAUCAUCUGGACCUCACGGAAAGCCCGGCAGAAGGGGACGUGCCGGAGCUGACGGUGCCAGAGGGAUGCCAGGUCAAUCUGGACCCAAGGGAGAUCGCGGCUUCGACGGUCUGGCUGGACUUCCUGGCGAAAAAGGACACAGAGGUGAAGCAGGACCCCAUGGGCCACCUGGUGCACCCGGAGAGGAUGGAGAGAGGGGAGAUGACGGAGAGAUCGGACCAAGGGGACUUCCUGGGGAACCAGGACCCCGUGGUUUGCUCGGACCUAAAGGACCUCAGGGCUCACCCGGACCUCCCGGUGUCACCGGAGUGGACGGCCAUCCUGGACCCAAAGGCAACAUCGGACCUCAAGGAGAACCAGGACCUCCAGGACAGCAAGGCAACCCUGGUGCUCAGGGACUUGCCGGGCCUCAAGGUGCAAUCGGACCUCCUGGAGAGAAGGGUCCCACCGGUAAGCCCGGCUUGCCAGGAAUGCCAGGAGCUGACGGACCACCUGGUCACCCUGGAAAAGAAGGACCUCAUGGAGAGAAGGGACACAUGGGACCAGCCGGCCCUCAAGGACCCAUCGGUUAUCCCGGUCCUCGAGGCGUGAAGGGAGCAGAUGGUAUCCGUGGCCUGAAAGGAACUAAAGGAGAGAAGGGAGAAGACGGCUUCCCGGGCUUCAAGGGAGAUAUGGGCAUCAAGGGUGACAGGGGCGAACUUGGAGCAGCGGGACCCAGAGGAGAAGACGGUCCAGAGGGACCCAAAGGUCGCUCAGGUCUCCCCGGAGAUUCCGGUCCUCUCGGCCCAUCUGGCGAGAAGGGCAAACUUGGAGUGCCCGGCUUGCCUGGAUAUCCAGGAAGACAAGGACCAAAGGGAUCUCAAGGUUUCCAAGGCUUCCCUGGAGCUAACGGAGAGAAAGGAACUCGGGGAACGGCGGGAAAGUCGGGCCCUCGUGGCCAGCGAGGACCGACGGGCCCUCGAGGUGAGAGAGGCCCAAGAGGACCUACGGGAAAAGCUGGACCAAAAGGCACCUCAGGGACCGACGGACCUCCAGGACCUCUCGGCGAGCGGGGUCUGCCAGGACCUCAGGGACCAACUGGAUUCCCAGGACCAAAGGGCCCACCUGGGCCUGCUGGGAAAGACGGACUUCCUGGACACCCUGGACAGAGAGGAGAGACUGGAUUCCAAGGAAAGACUGGCCCUCCUGGUCCUCCAGGUGUGGUCGGACCUCAGGGACCAACAGGCGAGACUGGACCAAUGGGAGAUCGUGGCCACCCGGGACCCCCAGGUCCACCUGGUGAGCAGGGUCUUCCCGGAGCUGCUGGGAAGGAAGGCGCUAAGGGCGACCCCGGACCUUCUGGCCCCGCCGGUAAAGAUGGCCCACCUGGCCCGCGAGGCUUCACCGGCGAACGAGGCCUCCCCGGCCCUGUGGGGGCUCAUGGUCUGAAAGGCAAUGAGGGUCCAAACGGCCCACCUGGCCCAGCUGGUUCUCCUGGCGAACGUGGUCCCGCUGGACCCGCCGGACCAACAGGACUGCCCGGACGCCCCGGCCCCCAAGGGCCCCCAGGCCCCGCAGGAGAGAAAGGCGGACCGGGAGAGAAAGGACCUCAAGGCCCAGCCGGAAGAGAUGGUAUCCAAGGACCAGUUGGUCUACCAGGACCCGGGGGACCCCCUGGACCACCCGGAGAGGAUGGGGACAAGGGAGAACUUGGAGAGCCCGGUCAGAAAGGAGGCAAAGGUGACAAAGGCGAACAUGGUCCACCAGGCCCUACCGGACCCCAAGGACCAGUUGGAGCUCCUGGUCCUGCUGGAGCAGAUGGUGAGCCUGGUCCCAGAGGUCAGCAGGGUUUGUUUGGCCAGAAGGGAGACGAAGGAUCCAGAGGCUUCCCCGGACCCCCAGGUCCAGUCGGACUACAGGGCUUGCCCGGUCCACCUGGCGAAAAAGGAGAAACAGGCGAUGUUGGUCAGAUGGGUCCACCUGGCCCGCCUGGACCAAGAGGCCCCUCCGGAGCCCCUGGUGCCGAUGGCCCUCAGGGACCUCCCGGCGGCAUUGGCAACCCCGGUGCUGUUGGCGAGAAAGGAGAUGCUGGGGAGACCGGAGAGCCGGGUCUUCAGGGAGAUGGUGGUCCACCGGGACCCAGAGGAGAGCGUGGAGAAAAGGGAGAGGGCGGUCCGGCGGGUACUGCUGGACCACCUGGACCCAAGGGUCCCCCUGGAGACGAUGGUCCCAAAGGCAGCCCUGGUCCAAGCGGCUUCCCUGGUGAUCCAGGUCCCCCUGGAGAGCCUGGUCCAGCUGGCUUAGAUGGUCCACCUGGUGACAAGGGAGAUGAUGGAGAGGCUGGUCAGGCUGGUUCCCCGGGACCUACUGGAGAGUCUGGGUCCUCUGGACCACCAGGAAAGAGAGGACCGCCUGGAGUGACGGGACCUGAGGGAAGGCAAGGGGAGAAGGGAGCCAAGGGAGAGGCCGGAUUAGAAGGACCUCAAGGAAAGACUGGUCCUGUUGGGCCUCAAGGAUCUCCAGGAAAACCCGGUUCUGAAGGCCUGAGGGGAAUCCCUGGCCCUGUUGGGGAACAAGGUCUACCCGGUUCUCCUGGUCCAGACGGACCUCCCGGGCCAAUGGGUCCUCCGGGCUUACCUGGUUUGAAAGGAGACUCUGGUAUCAAAGGAGAAAAGGGUCACCCAGGUCUCAUCGGUCUUAUUGGACCUCCUGGCGAGCAGGGAGAAAAGGGCGACAGAGGUCUUCCCGGUCCAGCGGGAACUUCUGGCCCCAAAGGAGACAAUGGUAUCGCUGGUCCUUCUGGUCCUCUUGGUCCCCUUGGUCCACCUGGAUUACCCGGUCCUCCCGGUCCCAAAGGUGCUAAAGGGUCAUCUGGUCAAACUGGACCAAAGGGAGAAACUGGUACACCGGGAACUCCAGGCCCUCCGGGCCCCCCAGGCGAUGUCAUCCACCCACUGCCCCUCCAGGCCUCCACUAAGGGCCGCUCGCGCAGAAACAUCGACGCUAGCCAGAUGAUGGACGACGAGGCAGCGGACGCUAACUACAAGGACUAUGAUGACGGCAUGGAGGAGAUCUUCGGCUCGCUCAACUCACUCAAGUUGGAGAUCGAGCAGAUGAAGCACCCGCUGGGCACGCAGGCCAAUCCCGCCCGCACCUGCAAAGACUUGCAGCUGUGCCACCCUGACUUCCCUGACGGCGAGUACUGGAUCGAUCCCAACCAGGGCUGCUCUCGGGACUCCUUCAAGGUUUACUGUAACUUCACAGCCGGUGGCGAGAGCUGCAUCUUCCCUGACAAGAAGUCUGAAGGGGCUAGACUCACCUCGUGGUUAAAGGAGAACCCCGGCUCCUGGUUCAGUGAAUUCAAACGUGGUAAACUGCUCUCCUACGUGGACGCUGAGGGCAACCCAAUCGGCGUGGUCCAGAUGACCUUCAUGCGCCUGCUGAGCGCCGGCGCCCGCCAGAACCUGACGUACAGCUGUCACCAGUCUGUGGCUUGGCACGACCAGGACGGCGACAACUACGACAAGGCCAUUCGCUUCCUGGGCUCCAACGACGAGGAGAUGUCUUACGACAACAACCCCUACAUCCGAGCCGUGGUUGACGGCUGCGCGCUGAAAAAGGGCUACGACAGGACGGUACUGGAGAUCAACACUCCCAAGGUGGAGCAGGUGCCAUUUGUGGACAUCAUGUUCAACGACUUUGGCGGCUCCACGCAGAAGUUCGGUUUCGAAGUGGGCCCUGUCUGCUUCGUCGGCUAAAGACUGAGCAAAAGAUGGAGGCAAAUUGAAAGAAAAACAAGCGACACUUAUUUUUUGUUUCGAGGACAAUUCUAUUUGUAAAAAUAAUUUUUUUUUUGGGUUGGUUUUUUUUUUCUCCAUAAAGCAAAAUUCUGAAGGAUGAGAGGAAAUAACCUUGAAACCUCAGUGUGUCUUCUUCUCUACCACAUGCAAGUUUUGAAACCGGAUGAUCGCACGGUCUCCUGCCACGGACUCCAUUUUGGCUCCUCCUAGUUCCUGUCGCGCUCAUUCUUCACUUUAUUGUUGGGAGCUUUGUUUGUGCAUAAUUGUCCCUUCCUCUUCCUGCCCUUUUUUUUUUUUUAUAAAUAUAUAUAAAUAUAUAAAUAAUUUUUAUGUUUGUAAGUACAUUCUGUAUAUUGAUGCUGGUGUUUGUUUUAUUGCUCUACUGGCUUCAAAUCGUGCAUGUGACUCAAUUGACUGGGCGGAUACGGCGAUGACAUCAUCAUCAACAUUGACAAGGGAAUUUGACAGAUCUAAAAAAAACAACAAAACGAGGGACAAAAAAAAAAAAUUGGGAUUCUUGUUUGUAUGAAUGGAAAUAAAAGGAAAGAAGAGCUCAAACGAUCUGCAACCUAACAAACUAAAAGAAAUAAAAAUCGGAUGACGUCACCCGAAAAUCGGAAGAACUUCGGUGCUAUUUUUCUCUUCUGUGGUGCUACACUAUGUUUUUCCUCGUGGAUCUUUUUUGCUGCAUUUUUGUGCCUUCAUUUUUUUUCCCCUCGCAACACGGCCGUCUGCUUGAAUUUCGGGAACAAAUCAAAGUGACAUAAAAUAAUCCAAAGAGCAUUUUUUUGUUGUUUGUUGAUGUUUGUGAUGAAAAAGCAUGCCAAAAAAAAAAGAGAGCUUUAAAGUCAACAUUUGGACUGGGGAAAGGUGCUUUUUUCUUCUUCUGAAACAGGUUUUUGCACUCUCUUACGCUUACGACCACUAGUGUCUUACCACAGAAUGUUCUACAGCCCUCCACACUUUCAUAGUUUUUCAAACAAAUAAAAAUGAAUCAACAAAUAUGUGACUUGAACAAUUUCUCCAAAUGCUUUGCCAUUGUUCUGUUCUCUUUUUACAUUUUUUUCUUUUGCUGUUUUUUCAACCUGUAUACGGACACAAAAAAUUUUUCCUUUUUUUUUUUUCGUUUUCGAAAUGUCAAUAAAUCAAAGUUUACUGUGGCCAUCCACUCCUUUGUAUGUCUUUUGAAGCAUUAAAACUCAUCUGUAUGCAUGAAA